AUGAAGCAAGCUCUGGUCUGCAUGGCGGCCGCAGUAGCCCUGUCCAUGGCUUGCGAAUAUGAUGAUUUGGACGAAGACGCCUUGAUUUUGAUAUCGGACAGCCAUUAUUGCCACGAAGUAUGCGUCGUGGAUCGGGCCUGCAAGAAGCAGAACAAUUCCACUUUUAACAGGAUUGGGUACUUUAUGGACUAUCCACAACACUCGUCGGGCUACACGAAGCUCUCUUUCGAUGGCGACAACGAAGUGAUCGACUUGUCGAACUUCGCGCUACCCGACUAUAUCAGCGAAUUGUCGUUCAUCAACUUCCCCACGGUGAAGCUCCUCGGAGAUUUCGAGUGGCCAGCUCAAUUAUCGAAAUUGACCUUUCAAGAGGUGGACGAGAUCGACAUCUCGUCGAAUGUAAAAUGGCCCAGAGAAAUCGCGGAAUUGUCCAUCCUUUCCUGCGCCAUCUCGACGCUUCCAGCCUUUCCACGUUCGUUGAAAAAACUGUGGUUGAACUCGACCGCAGUACCGGAUUCCCAGUCAUUCGAGCCUUUACCACCUUCGCUCACGUUUUUGUCUCUGGCUCAAAAUGAAAUCGACGAACUCGCCAACUUGGACUGGCGCCAACUCUCCACUUUGAUCUUGAGCGACAGCCCGGCGCUUCACGUCAUUUCGAAUGUUUUACUCAGUUCCAAACUCGAAAAUUUAACACUCAACAAUCUCAACCUGGUCAGCUGGACCAUGGACAAGCCUACCUACGAUGCAGUCAGCAAGCUCCAGGCCGCCACACCAAACAAAUCCAACGGAUACGAGGCCAAAAGCCUCCAGAUUAACUCCAAUUCUUGUAAUUUGGCGAAUCGUACAACGCUUUGGGGCAAGACGACAGCUGCUGUAUGUGUUUUGCCUGACACUUCCUUCACCAAAUUGCCACCCUCGGCCACGUCUCCGUUCGUAUCCACAUUGCCACCGACCACGACGGGCACCCCAACUCAACCGUCUACGACGACACCUGUGCUCACCGAGACAUCUUCGAACGUUGUGAUUACCGUUGGCAUUACUCUCGGGGCGGCGCUUAUGCUCGGGGGGAGUGUCGCGUGCCUCGUCCUGCGACGUCGGCGGAAGUCACACGAGACCAACUCUUCAGUCACAACGCACCCUGGAUACAAUCCAAUCGCAACUCCUCGCCGUCUUCAACUGGUGAACGCAUCAAAAUUUCCAUGUUAUGACCUGAACACAAUCACAUUCGGUUUCAUGCACGUCUUGAGCACUGGAGGAUGCUCUAACGUGUACAAAGGCACUCUGCACGACCGAGACGUCGCUGUCAAAGCAUUGGUUGUUUCAAGUGCCAAGACAGUGGACCAGAUUCAGUCCUUCUCGGACGAAAUUGAUCUCAUGUCGACAUUCAAGAGCCCAUUUGUCGUGGCCUUCCUUGGGCCGGGCAAAACCAAGCAAGGCGACCUCAUGUACUUUAUGGAAUUGAUGACUGGAGGGGACCUGAGGACGUAUUUGGACAACAAUUCUGUCGCUACCGUGCCAUGGAAGAUCAAGUGCGGUCACAUUCUCGACAUUGCCUGUGGCCUCGAGUACUUGCAUUCGAAAAGUGUCAUCCACCGGGACCUCAAAGCUCGAAACGUUUUGCUGGACCCUUUGAAACGAACGAAAUUGACGGGCCUUGGCAAUCCCAACGAAACUUUUGAAAUGGCCAUGACCAAGGACGUCGAUGCGUUCCGUUGGAUGGCACCUGAAGUGCUUCAAGGCUACGGGUUUACGACGGCCGCCGACAUUUAUUCAUUUGGGAUGCUGCUCUCCGAAAUCGACACACACGAUAUUCCAUACAACGACAUGGUGUAUCGGCCAAGUCGUCAUCAGUCCAUCAAGGACACUGCGAUAUUUGCCGCAUUGGUCUCCGGGCGCCUCAAGCCAACGUUUACAGAGACAAUGCCCCUGCUUGUCUCUGAGCCCUACUAA